CCAGACCCUCUGCUCCUGGCUGACAGGGGCCGGAGCGGAGCCGGGGGGCUGCCCCCGGCCGGUCCCCACCCUCCUGGCCAUCCAGCAGGCCCUGGUGGAGAUGGGAGACAAGCCCCCGGCCUUCGCCGGCUCCCGGGACUGGAUCGGCACGGUGGAGGCCGGCUUGUGCCUGGAUCACUUUUUUGGGGUGCCGUGCAAAAUCGUGCACACCCUCCGGGGCAGGGGCCUGGGGGGGCAGGUGGGGGCCUUGUAUACUCAUUUCCAGGAGGGUGGGGGGCCUGUGAUGCUGGGGGGUGAUGCUGACAGCUCCUCCAAGGGGCUACUGGGGGUCUGCUCCGUGCCCGCCGGCCACCAUCUCCUUGUCCUGGAUCCCCACUAUUACAGGGGGGCUGGGGGCCUGGGGCGGGAGGGGAUGCAGGCAGCGGGGUGGGUGCGCUGGCAGGGCCUGGCCUCCUUCGACCCUGCCUCCUUCUACAAUCUCUGCCUGCCGCAGUUCUGGCGGGACGCGGGCGAGGGAGAUGGCGCUGGUGAAAACUGAUUUGCACGAGCGAGCAUCGCCCGGAUGGCUCUGAGGGAGUCACUGGGCCCCCGGGAGCUUUGCACAAGGGCAAUGUCACAGGGAUCUGUGAAUAUUUGCUUGCACGAGCAAGGAUCACCCGGAUGGCCCCCAAGAGAUUCCACAAGGAAGAUGUCACUAGGACUCAUGAAGCUUGGUUUGCACAAGCAAGAAUUGUCCAGAGAGCCACCAAGAGCUUUGCACAAGGGAGAUGUCACUGGGACUUGUGAACACUGCUUUGCACAAGUGAGAGUCACCCAGUUGGUCACCAAGGGAGUUGCACAAGAGGGCCAUGUGAAUUUGGUUUACACAAGCGAGAGUCACCAGACGGCCACCAAGGGCUUUGCCGGGGACUCAUGAACGUUGGUUUGCACGAGCGAGAGGAGUUUGCCCAAAGCUACCACUCUCCCGGCCUGACCUGAGAGAAUGACGAUUCCCAGCUGAUUUUGGGCCACGUGCCCCCUCCAUGCUCUGGAAGGGAACGAACAGGACAGGGCAGAUAGCGAGUGAUCCAUCCCCUGUCGUCCACUCUCGGCUUCGGGCAGGCAGAGGUUUAGGGACACCUGGAGAAUUGGGGGGGUCGCAUCCCUGGCUGUCCUGGUUAAUAGCCAUUGAGGGACCAGGAACGUCUCUGAUUCGUGUUUGACUCCAACGAUGCUUUUGGCCUUAGCAGUGUCCUGCCGUGAGGAGUUCCCCAGGUUAACUGUGUUGCAUGAAGCAAUCUUUCCUUCCUGCUGCCUAGUCAUUUCAGCGGGUGACCCCUGGUCCUGGUGUGAGCCGCGAACCAUCUCCCACACUACCCAAAUCGCUUUCACGGCUCAUUCAGCCCCCCUGCCUUUUGCACGCUUCCUUCGGGGAGCCCGGCCCUCCUGGCGUCGCCAGGAAUUAACGAUCCGUUCAGGAGGUUUCCCUGUUACCAGCUGGGCAUUCCUCGACCUUCGCUCCUCUGCAACUUCGGUUUCCGUAAAUCCAGUUACAAUGCUUAUUGCAUCAGGCAGAAAAGGAUGAAUAUUUUCUC